GGGGCAGAGGCGAGGCGAGGCGAAGCGAGGCGGGCGCCGGGAAGGAGGCCGAGGACUGCGGAGGAGGAACCCCCCAGCAGAGAGAGAGAGAGACAGACAGAGACAGAGAGGGAGAGAGAGCGCGAGGGAGCGAGCCACUGACCGCGGCCUUCUGCCCAGGAGCCAGACCAAGACCAGAGCUUGGAGGGCCCCGAACCCUCCGACCCUGGACCCCACUCCCACACCCCUGGGGCCCGGCGGGGAGACCGAUCGCACGCUGCACCCCGACUUAGCUCAGCACAGCACUUGCAGCCGGCCGUGGCGCAGCGGAUAAGAUGGGGAGCCCCGAGGAUGACCUGAUUGGUAUCCCAUUCCCGGACCACAGCAGUGAGCUCCUGAGCUGCCUCAACGAGCAGCGCCAGCUGGGUCACUUAUGCGACCUCACCAUCCGGACGCAGGGUCUGGAGUACCGCACCCACCGCGCAGUGCUGGCCGCCUGCAGCCACUACUUCAAGAAGCUCUUCACCGAGGGCGGAGGUGGUGCAGGCACAGGGCCGGGGGGCGGGGGCCCUACAGUGGGUGCUGGAGCCGGUGUGUGCGAACUGGACUUCGUGGGGCCAGAGGCCCUGGGAGCAUUGCUAGAGUUCGCCUACACCGCCACACUGACCACCAGUAGCGCCAACAUGCCCGCGGUGCUGCAGGCCGCGCAGCUGCUUGAGAUCCCGUGUGUCAUUGCGGCAUGCAUGGAGAUCCUACAGGGCAGUGGGCUGGAAGCCCCCAGCCCCGACGAGGACGACUGUGAACGCGCCCGCCAGUACCUGGAGGCCUUUGCCACAGCCACAGUCUCGGCAGUUCCCAACGGAGAAGACAGCCCCCAACAGGCGCCCCUCCCGCCGCCUCCACAGCCGCCACCCCGGCCUGUCCCACGGCGCAGUCGAAAGCCACGGAAAGCUUUCCUGCAGACCAAGGGAGCCCGGGCCAACCACCUGGCACCUGAGGUGCCAGCCGUGCCCACACACACCUUGACCUACGAGGAGGAGGAGGGGGUGGGCAGAGUUGGCAGCAGUGGAGGGAGUGGGCUGGGGGACAGCUACAGUCCCCCCAUGGAGACAGCCUCCCCCUCUGAGGGGGCCCUGAGCUAUGAGCCCUAUGAGGGCGAAGAGGAGGAAGAGGAGCUGGUGUACCCUGGUGCCUACGGGCUGGCGCAGGGUGGCGGACCCCCCCUAUCCCCAGAGGAACUGGGUUCGGACGAGGAUGCUAUCGACCCUGACCUGAUGGCCUACCUCAGCUCCCUGCACCAGGACUCCCUGGCGCCCGGCCUGGACGGCCAGGACAAGCUGGUGCGCAAGCGCCGCUCACAGAUGCCCCAGGAGUGCCCUGUGUGCCACAAGAUCAUCCAUGGGGCCGGCAAGCUGCCCCGCCACAUGAGGACCCACACGGGUGAGAAGCCCUUUGCCUGCGACGUCUGUGGCGUCCGGUUCACUCGGAACGACAAGCUGAAGAUCCACAUGCGGAAACACACUGGGGAGCGCCCUUAUUCCUGCCCGCACUGCCCGGCCCGCUUCCUGCAUAGCUACGACCUCAAGAACCACAUGCACCUGCACACGGGCGACCGGCCCUACGAGUGCCACCUGUGCCACAAGGCUUUCGCCAAGGAGGACCACCUGCAGCGCCACCUCAAGGGCCAGAACUGCCUGGAAGUGCGUACUCGAAGGCGCCGCAAGGACGAUGCGCCACCCCACUACCCGCCACCCACGGCCGCCGCCCCGUCCCCCGCCGGCCUUGACCUUUCCAACGGCCACUUGGACACCUUCCGCCUGUCUCUGGCUCGGUUCUGGGAGCAGUCGGCGUCCUCGGGGCCCCCAGUCUCUACUCCCGUGCCCCCCGACGAGGAGGAAGAAGAGGGGGCACCCACCACACCGCAGGCCGAAGGGGCCAUGGAAUCCUCCUAGAGGGGCCCGGUUGGAAGGUUGGAGGACAGGCCUGGAGGGCACAGGCCGGGCGCCCGCAUGCCAAGCAAUGGGGCACACGCUGGACGCAGGACGAUGCGCUGGGGAGGGCCCGGAGCCGGGGUCCCAGGAGCCUCCCGGGCAAACCCUCCGCCACCGGCCUCCUGCUCCUCCCCGAGACCCUCAUCCCAAUUUCCAAGCUCAAGGUUUGGGAGGGGGAAGAGAGGUUCCCCAGAUUGGGGAGACAUACCAAGGAGUACUUUAGAAGAUAUUAUGUAUAUCGAUAUCACAGCUCUGAUGGGAUGCGAGCGAGGUGCGAGGUGGGUGCUCCUGCCCCCCCACCCCCGUCCUUCACUGCUGCUGGGGGUAGAAGCAAUAAUGUAUUUCUGA